AUGUCCCUCCCUCCUCCCAUCCCGGUCGACCCGGCCAUGCUAGUCGAUCAGCCUCAUCCCGAUCUCGACAUUGACUCUGACUAUGAAUACGAAUAUCAUCCCACCGAGACUGAGACCGUCUACCUCACUUUCGACCUCUCCACUCUGCAUGGCCCACUUCGACCACCUCGCCGCCGUCAACCUUCUGCGACCGCCACUUUGACGACAUCAUCAGGAACAACCACAUCCGACGAACCCGAUGCGGCGCGUUCCAGCACCGAAUUCACCCAUACCGACUCACCAGCCGACGGCCUACAGCUUCUCGCUCUUCACACCCCCAACCCUUUAAUCUCGUACCAAAACCAGAUCUUCAGCGGUACCUGGGCAGACCAACUGGGCACAGACUUGAUCUUUGCUCAUCCGGGUGAGGAGAGCAGCGGAGACCAAGACGAGACCGCACCCCACGAUCCCCAUCGCGCCCACCGCACAGAUCAAGGCCUCACCCCGCUCCGUCGUGGGCACAACUACGACCUUCUCGCUGCUCCCAGUAUCAAGAUCAUAGGUCGCAAGGCCACCCUCAUCUCGUCUACGCAACACGCGACAGCGACAGCAGAACCAAAUCUCCCCGCUGCUGGGAUGACGCCCACCGCACUAAUGACCGGGAUCAUCCGGGCCCCAAAUCUUCCGUCGAGUAAUCAAGCGCGGUUCCUCGAGCGCCUGGCCAGUUUAAAGCGAAGCAAAGGAGAGACCGACACGGUGCGAACGGUCUUUAGCACGAAACGUAUCCAGUCGGACCAGGCAUCAUCGAUGAGCGGGCGGUCUCGUGGCUGGGCGCGCACCGAGGAACAACUGUCGGAAAUUCAGCGCUUGAACGAGCUGGCGCUGCAAGGCGAUGCAACGGCCAUGGCAGAGUUAGAGGCGCUGUACGCGCGGCUUGGUGAGGAUGUCUCGAGAGAGACGGAGAGCGAAGAUGAUGAGGACGCUGGCGCUGACGAUAAUGAUAUCGAAAUGGGAGGCUGCGACGCACUCGGCCCUACCGAGGCUCGCAAGUACGAGUCGUGA